AUGGCAUCCUCUUCGUCGAAUGUUGUUGGUGUUCAUUACCGCGUCGGAAAGAAGAUAGGAGAGGGAUCCUUUGGCGUUAUCUUCGAGGGGACGAAUCUUCUCAAUAAUCAACAAGUUGCUAUCAAAUUCGAACCGAGAAAGAGUGAUGCUCCACAGCUUCGUGAUGAAUACAGAACAUACAAGAUUUUGGUCGGAUGCCCUGGGAUUCCAAAUGUCUACUAUUUUGGACAGGAAGGUUUACACAACAUCCUCGUGAUCGAUUUGCUGGGGCCCAGUCUAGAAGAUCUUUUCGACCAUUGCAACCGACGGUUUUCCAUCAAGACGGUGGUAAUGGUUGCAAAACAAAUGCUGUCGAGAGUCCAAACAAUUCACGAGAAAAACCUAAUCUACCGCGAUAUCAAGCCCGACAACUUCCUCAUUGGACGGCCCAACUCGAAAGCUGCCAACGUGAUCCAUGUGGUUGAUUUUGGCAUGGCCAAACAAUACCGCGAUCCCAAAACGAAACAACACAUCCCUUACCGUGAGCGCAAAUCUCUAUCAGGCACUGCUCGUUACAUGAGCAUCAACACACAUUUGGGACGAGAACAGUCGCGUCGUGAUGACCUGGAAGCCCUGGGCCAUGUCUUCAUGUACUUUCUGAGAGGUGGGCUACCAUGGCAAGGAUUGAAAGCAGCCACCAACAAGCAGAAGUACGAAAAGAUUGGCGAGAAGAAACAGACGACUGCCAUCAAGGACCUAUGUGAAAAUUUUCCAGAGGAAUUCAACAAAUACCUAAGCUAUGUGCGCAAUCUAGGAUUUGAGGACACCCCUGACUAUGACUUUCUACGAGAUCUGUUCACCCAAGCUCUCAAGAAUACUGGAGAAGUUGAGGAUGGCGAGUAUGACUGGAUGAAGCUCAACGGUGGACGUGGAUGGGAAGCAGUCAAGAACCAUCCAUCCAACCUUCAUCUUCACAAUGUCAACCCUCCCGCGAACGAGUCGGCUCGAGCGCUUCACGGCAAUUCGGCUGUUCGUGGACAAGAAGGAACACGACAAACUCGAGAUCGGCAAGCCAUUCCGACCGAUCGUUUAAACGCAGCGCAGCCCCCGCCCCCAGGAUCACCAGCAAAGCCAGGAGUGGCAGCUCUGGGGAAGAACGCUCGCGAUCGCACAAGCGGCGCCGCCGGGGGUAACAUUCCAAAGAGAGGUAGUGGACUAGCAGGACAACUCGAUAUGAAUACACCUCCUGCCAGCACACAAGCACAAUUCCAGAACAGCAAUGCCAAUCUGGUGGGAGGACAACAACGAACCAGUCCUGCUACUGGAGCUUUACAAAGCAGUCAAGGCCGUCCCACACCACAGCAAGAACAGCAACCAGGAUUCUUCCAGAAGCUGGCGAAGGUUUUCUGCUGUGGUUGA